AAUUCAAUUCAACUUAACCAAACCAAGCUUUUCAACUCAACUUCCCCCACUCUUUUUUAUUAUAAUAAUUAAAAAUUAUUAAAAAUACGUACGAGAUAACAGUAUAUAAUAAUAAAAUUAUAGUUAAUUAUAGUUUUUGUCUGACAAAUGUAAUUCGGUAAAAAGCAGUUUUAUUAAAUAAAAAUUGUAAUUAUUCUUCUAGACGGUUGCAGUAGUUGCCUGGGCAUAUAAACUGAUAAAAGUAAUAAGUGCUCUAUGAUUUCACAAUAAUAGUACACAAAAAAUGUUAAUAAAAAUAAAAUUAGUUACACAAAAGUUUCAUAUUUCUUUUGGCCUUUAUUUUUGUUUUUCCAAAUAUAUAUAUAUAAAUAAAUAAAACAGUAAUUUGCAUUGGGGAAAGAGAAGGUAGAUAGAAAUAAGAAGGCCUUAACUCACAACUCACAACUCUCUAUUUCUCCCUCUGUUUCUCACUUUCAAGUUUCAACAAUAUUCAUGUAAAAGCAGUUUUCCGGCCACUUUUGUCGCCUGAAAACAGCUCUUUAAUAAUUAAGAAUACCAUUAUUUCUCUCUCUAAAAAUUCUCCCCCUUAUAUAUUUUUGUAGUAAGAAAUCCAUAUCGACUUCCCUUUCAACUCUCUCUCUCUCUUAAAAACAAAAAACAAAACAUAGGCAAACCAUUCAUCUUGUUUCGCCAUAUCUCUAUCUUAUACAGCUAGCUCCAACACCGAAAUCUCUCUACUCAACUCUGUUUCAACAAGUUGAUGAGAAAGUCAUAAUCUUGUUUUUUUUAUACAUAACUAUAGUACUGGUCGGUUCUGGUUUCGGAUUCUUUGUAUACACAUAACAAAUAUAUAUAAAAUACAUAUCUGAUGGCGUAUCAUAACCAUCUCUCAUCACAAGACCUCCCCCUUCACCACCACCACCACCAUCACCACCACCACUUUGGUGACCAAAGCCAACAGCAACAACAACAGAGCCAGAACAUCUUACCGGACCAGUUGGCCAUAGCCCACUCCUCGCCGGACCCGACAUCCAAGUCGGUGAAUCAGAACAACAACAACGCAGCACCUAAUUGGCUAAACAACGCUCUCCUCCGUACCCAAACACAUGCCCACUUCGGCUCCUCCGCCGCCGACAACAACGCCAACGGGAACAACCACGUCAGCAAUACAAACUUCCUCAACCUCCACACAGCCUCUGAUUCUCCGAAUUCCGGCCAGGCUUCCAACCAAUGGCUUACCCGACCGAUCCUCCAACGCAAUCACAGCGACGUGAUUGAUGACGUGGCUGCUGCUGCAGCCGCGGCUGCAGCAGCAGCGGCUGCGGGAGACUCGAUGAUUGGUGGGGGCGCCAUGUCUCAUGACUCGGCGGAGAUGAAGGGGGGCGGUGAGAAUAGUAACUUAAACAAGAGCGAGCAAGGAGUGGUGGUGGAGAGUGGCGGCGGAGGAGGAGGGGAUGGUGGAGGUGUUAUAAACUGGCAGAAUGCGAGGAACAAGGCGGAGAUUAUUUCCCACCCUUUGUACGAUCAAUUGCUUUCUGCACAUGUGGCUUGCCUCCGGAUAGCUACCCCGGUGGACCAACUGCCUAGGAUCGAUGCCCAGCUGGAUCAAUCACAGAAUGUGGUGGCCAAGUACUCAGCUUUGAGUCAGGGCUUGGUUGUUGAUGAUAAGGAGCUUGAUCAGUUCAUGACACAUUACGUUCUGUUGCUCUGUUCUUUUAAAGAACAACUUCAACAACAUGUUCGAGUUCACGCAAUGGAAGCUGUUAUGGCUUGUUGGGAGAUUGAGCAAUCUCUACAAAGCUUAACAGGAGUUUCUCCGGGUGAAGGAACCGGUGCCACAAUGUCGGACGACGAUGAUGAUCAAGUAGACAGUGAUGCAAAUUUGUUUGAUGGAAGUUUGGAUGGUCCUGAUAGCAUGGGGUUUGGACCUCUAAUCCCAACAGAGAGUGAAAGGUCGUUAAUGGAGCGAGUUAGACAAGAGCUGAAGCAUGAGUUGAAACAGGGUUAUAAGGAGAAAAUUGUUGAUAUAAGAGAAGAAAUUCUUCGAAAGAGAAGAGCAGGAAAACUACCUGGUGACACUACAUCUGUUUUAAAAGCUUGGUGGCAAUCUCAUUCCAAGUGGCCAUAUCCCACGGAGGAAGACAAGGCACGGUUGGUGCAAGAAACAGGUUUGCAACUGAAGCAAAUUAACAACUGGUUCAUCAACCAAAGGAAAAGGAAUUGGCACAGCAACCCAUCCACCUCCACAGUUUUGAAGAGCAAGCGCAAAAGGUGAAAACAGCGGAGAUCGGUAUGCGUAAAUGGAAGAAACAUAUUAUAUUAUAUAUUUAUAUAUAUAUAUAUAUGUUAUUACGUACCUAUCAAUAUACAUCGGUAUCCAUGGGUGUCAAGAUCGAACAAGUGAAUCCAUUACUGUAUAUGAUCAAAGAAUCAAGCUUUACCACAUCAUGAUCCAACAUAUAUAAAUAUAUAUUUAUAUACAUGGAGACAAGACAAGACAGAUCAGUACUAAGGCUUUAAGGAAGCUAGAGAAGGCCUUGAUCAUGUGAAAGAAGCAUAUUUUGCUUCAACAGUUGAAAGAUAAACAAAAGCUAACACUGAUAGACAAUGAUGGUACUGAUGAUGAUGAAUAUGAGUCAUAUAUAUAUAAUAUAACAGAUAUAUAUACAUGCUCAUGAGGGUCAUCAAAGGUAUAUAUAUAUAAUAUGCAAGGCAAGGCAGAUGGGCAGAUGGGAAGAUGGUAUAGCUAUAUUUAUAAAUCAUGAAACUGAUGUUUUGUCGUACGUAUCUCUAGCUAGUAUAUAAUGGCAUAUAUAUCCAACACAAAUUGAUUAAUUAGGAAUUAUAUUAUUGGGACUACUCAAUUUAUGGAUAGUUUCAUUUCAUAUGCUUAAUUAAUUAAUUAUUAGUAGCCGAGUCAUAUAAGUUUUGCUUCUUCUUCCUUUUGUCCUAUUUGUGAAUAAGGAUAGCGAGGGGUUUUUUUUGUGGGGGGUGUAUAGUGUAAAGAUCUGUGCAUGUUUUUAGUAUACAAUGAUCGCAUUGAUUAUAUAGUUCUUUUUCUUUGGAAAUUUAUGUAGACAUAUAUAAUUCCUAGCAAAUUGUGGCAUUAUUAUGUUUAUAUAUAUAAAUAUAGCAAUCUUAUUGUUUAUGUGCUA